AUGACAAGUCUCAUCGCGCCCAACCCUCUCAACGAUUCUGUCGGAUACUCGUUCUCCCAACCCACAAGUGCUGGAAACAAGGAACACUCAUUCUACCCGUACACCGAUAACGGAGGCUCGGUACUAGGAAUUACAGGCAAGGAUUUUGCCGUCCUUGCUGGCGACACUCGCUCCACUUCGGGAUACAGCAUCAACUCCCGCUACGUCCCAAAGGUGUUUAAGAUUGGAGGGGAGGAUGAAACCGGCAAAGGCGCUCACAUUAUCCUGUCGGUAGUGGGGUUUGCUGCUGAUGGGCUCGCACUCAAGGAGAGACUCGAUGCGGUGGUGAAGAUGUACAAGUACCAACACGGGAAGCCUAUGAGCGUCCGGGCAUGUGCCCAACGACUGUCAACCAUUCUUUACCAAAAGCGAUUCUUCCCAUAUUAUGUCCAAGCUAUUCUGGCUGGCCUAGAUGAGGAAGGUAAGGGAGCUCUAUACGGUUACGAUCCGGUAGGAUCUUAUGAAAGAGAGCAGUGCCGGUCCGCAGGAGCUGCUUCUAGUUUGAUCAUGCCAUUUUUGGACAACCAAGUCAACUUGAAGAAUCAGUAUAUCCCUGGAAGCGGAGAGGGACACGCCUUGGAGGCUAAAAAGCCCGAGCCAAUGUCCAGGGAAACGGUGGAAAAACUUGUUCGAGAUGCAUUUACCAGCGCGGUUGAAAGACACAUUGAGGUUGGAGACGGCCUACAAAUGUUGGUCGUUACGGAAAACGGGAUAGAGGAGGUCUACCACUCUUUGAAGAAGGACUAA